AGGCGGGACAUUCCUUCGCCAUUCUAGGAGACGCAAAUUCGCCCCUAGAACUUGACAGCGGUGUUUAUGAAGUUAAUAUUUCCGUUAUGUCGAGCUUUACUGAGGAAUAUAAUAGUCUCAAUUAGCAUUUAGCUGGCUGCAAUCUGUCUCCAUCUCCCGUGGUGUAACUUUAGCGUGUUGCUAAAAUUAGCUAGCAUGUUAGCUAGCCUGCCUCUGUCAGUGAGCAUGGGAGACGACAACGGAGUGAACGGGGAUUUGAACGCCAACUUAAGGUACCAGAGUACCGGCGACCCGCAGCUGGACAAGGCGGUGGACCAAUGGUUGACCUGGGACAAGAACCGGCGGACUCGGGCGCAGGUGGAGGCUCUGGUGGCGGCGGGACGGCGGGAGGAUUUGAGGACGAGACUCUGCAGCAGGAUGAGCUUCGGCACGGCGGGACUCAGGGCGCCCAUGGGAGCCGGAUUCAACCGGAUCAACGACCUCACCGUCAUCCAAUCAACACAGGGCUUAUAUUCAUACCUGAGCAGGUAUUUCCCAGAAUUCAGCAGCAGAGGAGUGGUUGUUGGUUUCGACACCAGAGGACAGGAGGAGAGUGGCUGCAGCAGUCAGAGGUUGGCGAAGUUGGCGGCCGCGGUGAUGCUCAGCAGAGACGUUCCUGUUCAUCUCUUCUCCACGUUUGUCCCGACGCCGUACGUGCCGUACGCUGUGAAGAAGCUCGGUGCUGCAGCCGGAGUGAUGAUCACCGCCUCGCACAAUCCUAAAGAAGACAACGGAUACAAGGUGUACUGGUGUAACGGCGCUCAGAUCUCCUCGCCUCACGACAAGGGGAUCCUGCAGAGUAUCGAGGAGCAGCUGGAGCCCUGGAGCGCCUCCUGCUGGGAGGAGGACCUGGUGGAGCGCUGCUCCCUGAGGACCGACCCCCUGACCCAGAUCAACAGCUGCUACAUGGACGAGCUCACCUCGCUCUGCUUCCACAGGGAUCUGAACAGAAGCUGUCCGUUGAAGUUUGUCCACUCAUCGUUCCACGGCGUCGGACACGCCUUCGUCCAGCAGGCCUUCCACGCGUUUGGCUUCGCUCCGCCGAUCCCCGUCCCCGAGCAGAAAGACCCCGACCCCAACUUCUCGUCCGUCCGCUGCCCCAACCCCGAGGAGGGAGAGUCGGUCCUGGAGCUCUCUCUUCUUCUGGCUGAGCGGGAAAAUGCUUGCAUCGUCCUGGCGACCGAUCCUGACGCCGAUCGAUUGGCUGUCGCAGAGAAGUCUGACGGGUGCGGUUGGAAGGUGUUCACGGGUAACGAGCUGGCGGCCCUGUUGGGUUGGUGGAUGUUCUUUAAUUGGAAGGAGGCUCAUCCCGAUCCUGCCGACACUCAGAAGGUUUACAUGUUGGCCACCACAGUUUCCUCCAAGAUCCUGCAGGCCUUCGCUCGCAUCGAGGGCUUCCACUACGAGGAAACUCUUCCUGGGUUCAAGUGGAUCGGGAACAGGAUACACGAACUCUCCAAAACAGGAAACAGCGUCAUCUUUGCCUUCGAGGAGUCGAUUGGUUUCCUGUGUGGCAGCAUGGUACCGGAGAAAGACGGCGUGAGUUCGGCAGCGGUUGUGGCUGAGAUGGCUGCUUACCUCCACAACAAGCAGCUGAGUCUGAAGCAACAGCUGCACAACAUCUACCAGACGUACGGUCAUCACGUGUCUAAAACGUCGUACGUCAUCUGUAACGACCCGCCCACCAUCCAGAAGAUUUUCAGCCGGAUCCGAAACUUUGACGGCGACGCUUCGUACCCGAAGACGUGCGGCGGCGUCCGGAUCGUCCACAUCAGAGACGUUACCACGGGAUAUGACAGCAGCCGGCCCGACCGCAGAUCGGUACUUCCUGUGACGAGGAGCAGUCAAAUGAUCACCUUCACUCUCCAGAACGGCGUCGUGGCAACGCUGAGAACCAGUGGCACAGAACCCAAAAUCAAAUACUACACCGAGUACUGCGCUGCGCCGGGGAACAGCGAGGCGUCCCGUCUGGAGGAGGAGUUAGGGAAGAUCACCGCCGCCCUGCUGGACGAGUUCCUGGAGCCUGAGAGGAACAACCUGAUUCGCCGCCGCGUCUAGCUCCGCCCCCUCCCACACCUGGUCGACCCCCCGCUGCUGCUUCUCUCUGUGGUAUCCGUAAAGUUCAGUUGAGACUAAAAUAUAAACUGAAUCAUUAAAAAAUAAUAAAUAUUUAGUUGAACUUUGGUCCUUCAUGAAGCAGAGAGCAUGAUGGGUAAACUGCAGUGUCCAGUUUUAUUUUGAUUGAAGUUUGUAAAACCAAAUAUUUGCUGUCUGAACUGUAGAGACUUGAAAUAAAUAUAUAUAUGGAAGUUUAUUAACGACAAAACAAAUUCGUUAAAACUAGAUAAUUAACUAUUAUUACCACAAACCAAAAAUAAACUUUUGUUAACAACAUAUCACGUUAUUUUGUCACAUCAUGAAACUCUCAUUACACAAAAUGAACGUGUGAUAAAGUUAUUACCACGAGUUUACAUACAUGUCGCUGCUGAUUGGUUAAAAUAUCUGACACACCCAUGAAACGAGAGGAAACGUACGUCAAAGCUUGUGCACCGUUUCACACUGUUCUGAGGAAACAUGUCAUUCAACCCGGAAACUGCCGCAAAACGUUGCACACAGUUUUGAGAUUGAACGUGCCCGUUUCUCUAAUGUCCCCACAGUAAACUAAAUCUCAUUUGGUAAAUUGGACAAAACAAGACAUUCAAAGAUGUCACUUCGGACUCUGAGAACGGUUAGUCAGUAGUUAGAAGUCAUUAAUGAACUUCCGUAAAUACAUAUAAAAAGGGGGGUAUGUCUCCUUAAGAGAACAGAAAAUAAGCUGCUUAUCUUCUUCUGUCUUUGUAGUUUUUUUAUGUUAAUCUGAAUGUUAAAGUUUCCCUUCAAACUCUGCGAUGUUACCUAUUUUUAUACUCUGAGAUAAAAGAUAUUUAUGUGACAGUUCAUGUUGUGUUGUAUGAUCCGUUUUGUAGUUUGGACAGAGUGAGACCUCUGCUUGUGUUUAGAUCGUCGCAGCUUUAAGUUAAUGUGGUUCUCUGGCGAUCCACCAAUAAAACAUAAUAAAACUGUAA